AGGGAGUGAGAAAAGCCUGAAAUCUGUCACGUUGAUUUAUCGGAGAAACUCGAGCGCACUGCGACGAAACACGAGUCGAAAUGAGUAAGGAAAACAGUAGCAGCGGCGAGGGGGGACCGCAAGAUACUUCCGGGCCGGAUGUGCCAGCCAAGGAUCCAAAUGCGGACGUGUACGAUAAUCGCGGUCCGAGAAAGAUAAUCCGCGUGGUCACCGUAAUGGCUUAUCUGUUCUCGGUGAGCUUCGUAGGUAUUCUCUUGAGCGCCUACUACAUAUUCCUGUGGGAGCCGCCGAAUCCAAGGCUCAUAAGAGCGAAGCCGCAAGUGCAGUUUUUGAUUGCAGCUGCGUCAUCCCCGGAAAUGCCAAAUCUGAAGGAGAAGGAAACCUCUGCCUUCCCCCUCGAAAGUCAACUGAAGCACACCUCCAAAUCCCUUCUCGGUCGCAUGACACAAGACAUCGACUUGACGCAGCGUCAACCAGAAUCAACCGGAAUCAGCCUCGAGAAACAGGCAAAAUUGAACACGAUGUUGCUCAACCUCAGGCAGUCGCUCGUGGAAGUUUUGCGCGCACAAAAGCGAAACUCGUCGCACCAAGUGGCAGCAAGCACGUCCGACGACUCGUUGGUCGAAGUGAAACGAGUCCUUAACUCGACGAAGAAAACGGAUUACGCAAGACGCUCGAUCUCGCGACACGAGUCGCGCGGAAACCUUGCCCGAGAGAAGACUCUGAGCGGUAAUACGGAUCCACCGUCAGAAUUCACGGGUCCUAUAAACACGUUAGACGUUGAGAACACAUCCGCAGCCUCGAAGUCAGCGACUAUUCCUGGAACUAAAACAAACCAGAAUUAUUUCGACGGAAAAUCCGUUCCUGAUGCCGAUCGGUAUUCAACGCCGAUUACGAUCGAUCGCGGAACGACGCGUGCAAAUUGCGAGAGAAAGGUCAGUGCCCAACGAUUCUCCAAGCUUCAUACUUUCCGUCGAGAAUCAACAAAACGGAAUGAGACCAACGUUAAUAACCGGCAGUUAACUGCGCCAGUUGGUAACAACGCAGAAAUUCCGUCUGGAAAUGCCAAUGUUAAUGGCCUCAAGCUAAAUUAUUCCAGCAACAACAACGAGAGUCCGUCAAACAAUCGGAACAAGCGCAGUCACGUAUCGGUCGAGUUAACAGCUGACUCGGAUGUGAUCGAGGACCCAGAAUUCGAGCAUCAACUGCCAAAUUACCCGAUCGUCGUAAAACCAGCGUUGUACACCACGAGAAAUGUGAAAGAGACACAGAUUGAAAAGGUGACCGCGAGAUCCACAACGACGAAGGUGGACAAUAAACUCCGCCUCCUGGAAGAAAUGGACUCGUCGACCACGGAGCGACAGAGAGGCCUUUGGCGAGUGUUGACGGAAACUGCGGACAUCGAGGAAACGUCUGUAGAGCUCAUGUCGAUAUCGACGACGCGGAAUCGUCGCAACAAUCUCACUAAUAUUACAAACGACGAUGACGAAAGCGUCACAUAAACGAUUUUCUACACCUUGUGUGCGUGUCAAACGUGAUGGACUGCAGGAAGGCCAGAUUAGUAAUCGCUAAUAGAGUAUUAAUACCUAUAGGGAAGGCGAUUCUUCCAUUCUGCGGACAGAGAGGGUAUUCGAAGUCGUGUCUGAAUUUGCCAGACGAGAAAUUCGAAUUAUAUUCUUUCUCUGAGACGUAGAAAUUAGAGACACGCUAUUCUCGGCCUCUCCCCUGAAAAAAGUUCUCUUCUUUUUUUUUCUUUCUUUUCUUUUUCUUCUUUAAUCGAGAGAACGAUGGAACAAAUACCAGGUAACCACGUUUACCCAUAUUCUGUUGUGAAUUGUAAACCGAAAGCUAAUUUCGUGUUUUUAUUCAUGUAAUCGGACACUUGGAUUGGGAAAUAUAAUUUUCGAUGAAACCUCU